AUGAGAACCGCCCAGCUUGGCGUUGUUGCCAGCUUGGGAUUCGGGGUCUUCGCCCAAGGAGGCGGCUGGGACAUCAAACCUCAGCCUUGGAUCACUUCUCAAAGUAAUGGUUGGGAUAUAAAGCGUCAACCGUGGUCUUCAUCAACGCAACAAUGGAGUGAGUCAGGCCAAUGGAGCGAGCAGUGGAAGUGGACAGCAAAUCAACAACUUCCUGCUGCCCCUGGUUCUGCUUGGCAAUUCUCUCAAUCGAAUACUGUUGCUCCUCCUCUGCCUGCUGGCGCAUCGUCGUCAGGGAAAUGGACAUGGAUCCCCGCUCCCACAUCUGGUGGCUUCUAUUGGAGUUAUUCAUCUUCAUCUUCGUCAUCUCCGUCUUCUUCAUCUCAAGGACUUGGUCCAGCGCCUGGUACACCUUGGCAAUUCUCGCAAUCCAACACCGCACCACCUCCAUUGCCUGCUGGUCAGUCUAAUGGAAGCUGGAAAUGGAUUUCUGGUCCGUCUGGCGGUUACUAUUGGAGCUUUAUUCCUGGUCCAAAGCAGGAUCUUCCACCGCCUCCUGGCACGGCUUGGCAAUUCUCUCAGUCGAACAGUGUCGCACCUCCUUUGCCCGCAGGAUCAACUUCUGGUACUUGGAAGUGGAUAUCUGCGCCUUCAGGUGGAGGAUAUUACUGGAGCUUCAUUGCCGGACCUAAGCAAAAUUUGCCGGCAGCACCAGGCACUCCCUGGAUAUUUUCCACAUCAUCAACAACCGCACCUCCACUGCCUGCAGGGGUUUCAGGCUCCGGUACUUGGAAAUGGGUGAGCAGUCCUGAUGAAAAUGGUUACUUCUGGUCUUUUAUUCCUUCUGGAAAACAGCCAGCAACUCAGCAGAAGCUCCCCGAUCCACCAACAGGAGGAUCUGGAUGGAUCUUCUCAUCUUCGUCGACUACACCACCUCCAUUGCCUGCUGGUGCGUCUACAUCAGGAACUUGGAAAUGGGUUUCUGCUCCAAACGGAAACGGAUACUACUGGUCGUACAUUUCCUCGCCUCAAUCUCCGCAGCAGCAACUGCCGCCGCCCCAGUCAGGAUCGACAGAAUGGAUCUUCUCCCCAUCAAAGACCACACCUCCGGCACUGCCAGCAGGAAUUUCAGGUACAGCAGGCACAUGGAAAUGGGUAUCUGCACCAACUGGAAAUGGCUAUUACUGGUCUUUCACACCUUCUUCUCAGCAGCUUCCUGCUACAAAGCCAGGCUCAACUGGAUGGGUGUUUUCUCCUUCGAACAAGGAACCUCCCACUAUAUCUGGAAUUUCAGGCUCAGGAUCAUGGACGUGGGUAUACAGCCAGUCCGGGAAUGGUUAUUACUGGAGCUGGACACCUGGUGCACCGCAGAGCAUUCCUGCAGGCUUCCAAGGAGGUUUCGUAACGCCGGAUUCCGGUACAACAGGACAACAAGGUCAAGGCACCAAACCUAGCACUGGAAGUGGAGGCUCGUUUGAUACAAAGCCUAGUACGGGUACAGGGUUCGGAGGAUCCUUCGACAGAAAACCCGAUACUCAGGGUGGAAAUAUCCCAGGCCAACCAGAUCAAACUUCUGGAGGCGUCUCGUUCCAACCAGGUCAUCAGGGUGGAUCGUUCCAGCAAGGCGGUGGUCAGCCAUCAACUGGCGGAUUUGAUCAAACAAAACCUGAGACCGGUGGCUCCGGAAAUGUCCCAACUCAAGGCGGAAACAUCCCACAUGGUGGGGGUCAACCGCAAACAGGGGAUCAGCCUAUCAAAGGUCCAUUUGGAGGCAGCUUCGACCAAACUGGUCGACCAGUCACUGGAGGAGACAUACCUACACAAGGAGGCACAGGUAACGUCCCCAGUCAAGGUGGGAAUGUUCCGCAGGGUGGAAGUCAAGGACAAGCUCCCGUCAAAGGUCCUUUUGGAGGCAGUUUCGACCAAAGUGGAAGACCUGUCACUGGAGGAGAUUUACCCGCACAGCAAGGAACUCAAGGAGGCACAGGUAACAUUCCGACCCAGGGUGGUGAUAUCCCACAAGGGGGAACGCAGCCGCAGACUGGUGAUCAAGGACAAGUACCCAUCAAGGGUCCGUUUGGAGGUAGCUUCGAUCAAAGUGGCAAGCCGAUCACUGGAGGUGUGCCAUCCGGGGGUACACAAGGCUCUGGAAAUGUCCCCAUUCAAGGCGGAACACAACCUGGGGAUCAGGGGCAAGCUCCUAUCAAAGGCCCAUUCGGAGGUAGCUUUGAUCAGACUGGUAAGCCAAUCACCGGGGAUGUACCAUCUGGGGGAACACACGGCACUGGUAAUAUUCCUAUCCAAGGUGGUGAUGUCCCACAAGGAGGUACGCAAGGAACUGGAACUGGAUCUCAACCUCAGACAGGGGAUUCAGGACAAAUUCCAAUCAAGGGGCCUUUUGGUGGAAGUUUCGACCAUACUGGGAAACCAAUUGAUACCUCCGGUCAGCAGGGCACCGGAGGGUCAUCGACAGGUGAUCAGUCAAGUCAACAGCCAAGCGAGCAAGGCCAACAACCCAUUAAGGGUCCAUUUGGAGGCAGCUUUGAUCACACUGGCAAGCCAGUUGAUACCACCACAGGGCAACAAAGUACUGGUGGCGUUCCAGUGAGCCCCUCCACCGGAGAUCAACAAACCCAACAGCCAAGUGAGCAAGGCCAGCAACCCAUCAAGGGCCCAUUCGGCGGUAGUUUCGACCAAAGCAGCCGUCCCAUCGAAGCAGGAGGCUCAACAUCCGGCUCCCACAGUAGCGGAAACAUCCCCAUCCAGCAACCAGGCCAAACAGGCGACCAAACAUCGCAGAAUCCGCAAACCGGCGGCACAGGAUCUAUUCCCAGCUCAUCCGGAGACACCGGCGUCAUCAAAGGUUCAUUCGGAGGCUCGUUCGACCAAAGUGGUAGGCCUGUUGACACUACAAAGCCUGUUGAAGGCGGAGGCUCGACGUCUGGUUCGCAUGAGAGUGGUGGAGUUCCUGUACAGCAGCCAGGCGAGACGGGUCAGACGCCGCUUAAUCCGGACGGAUCGCAUCCUAGUGCUGGAGGAGAAGAUGUGGUUAAGGGUCCAUUCGGGGGAUCUUUUGACUCAACUGGUAAACCGGUUGAUGUUUCGAAGGGGUCGCAAGGGACGUACAAGUGCCCGCCGAGGAGCCGUAUUGAGCUUCUAGAUGCUCCGACUGUGCCUGAAGCUGUUUGUCCAACUUGUAAGCUAAUGGAUCCCUCUCUUUUGCCUUUGAAGUAAUUUUCAAGUAAAAGUACUGACUCAACCUCCACACUCCAGCCCAGGAUAGAAGAUAUGCCGUCGGUCCAGACAAAUCCUUCUACAUCCUCUGCUGUCGCCAUGUUGACGGCGGCAAGAAAGAGAUCACUGUCAUUCCAGACGUCCCAUCUCUGCAAUACUGCAUCCACAUCUGCGCCGGCACCCCGAACUGCAAGUCGUGAGUCUCCCCACUCUCCUUCCAGCUCCUUAUUUCUUGAUCCUACACCGUGCUAACAUGAACACCACAGCGUCCUCUACACAGCCCGCCAAGGUUCCAACAGCAAAUACCCAAUCAAAACCUGCCAACUCUUCGAGCACGGAAACUACGACGUCCAAACCCCCUGCAACAACGACGCCCACGACUCCGCAUACCUGAUCGAACCUCCAACAUCCACUACCGGCGAGAUCCCCCCACAGCCACCAGUUCAGGUCGAUCCUCCGAUCUCUCCUCCCCCGAUCUCAACACCGGACGUCGUGCCUCCUCAACGUCCCAUCGCGGUCGACGUCCCGCCCUCGUUCAUCAUGCUUCCGCCGGGUAUUUCGGAGCAGUGUGUGCAGAAUGUGUUUGCGGCGAUUAGGUGUGGGACUUGUGCGGGGUGCUAAGUGGGUUGAAGAGUGGGUUUCUUUCGUUUUGGGGAUGGGUGUGUAGUGUUGAGGUGAGGUGACUUGAGGCGAUACCGUGUUUUCCAGAUCUUGUGGCCUACUGUCUCUCAACUUCUUCAGAAAGGAAGAGAAGAGAGCAACGGGGAAAGCAGAUCUGCAUUUUUGGGUAAAGCUGAUAGUCGAAGAAUGACAUCCUUGUGGUGCUGAAUCGUUCGUGACUUCCGUGGGAUGUGUGAUGUGAUUCGAGUUUUGUGUUCGUUUCGUACUUUGGAUUUGACCUGAUAUCUUUGGUGAUAUAUUUGUAAACGUCCGUCACACCCAUCACUCCAGCAUCUCGUCGAGUAAUUAACCGCAACAGCUGAGGGCGGAUGAUGGGGAGAAAUCCGGUCGAUGUGUACGGUGAUUUCCCAAGGAUAAGAACUCCAUGGUUGCCUCUCUUCGGAACUUCAAGUGCACAACACGAUGCACUACAUGAUAACACCCAAACUAGAACAAGCCCAGCUCAGGAGACGAACAAACACCCGUGUACCUCUCUCAGUGAGCAAGUGGGUCGACCCUCCUCUCCAAAACAGUGGAUCCAUUCCAUUACUCAACUCACCCUUUCCCCAAAGCCGCUUCCCGCAUCCUCCUCGGCACACAAAUAUCCCUCCUCCCUCAUCUACCCAAAUAACAAAAUUCCCGACAUCACGACACCUGAUAAGGAUCGCGUAAGUACUUACUCACUCAUCAUCUGACGAUGAUUUAUGAAUCAGAACAAAAUACUAAUAUAUGAUAACA